AUGAAUAUUUAUCCGCCGCUGCUUCCUGCUCCCGGCUUCCCUUACCUUUCCGCAGGUCAGUCCAUGGUAUUCCGCUCCCCCCUAGACCUCUAUUCCUCCCACUUCUUGUUGCCAAACUUCGCCGAUCCUCAUCACCGCUCCCUACUUCUGGCGAGUAGCGGCGGCGGGAACGGUGCGGGCGGCGGCGGCGGCGGCGGCGGCGCGGGCGGCGGCGGGAACUGUGCGGGAGGCGGCGGUGCUGGCGGAGCAGGCGGCGGCGGCAGCGGCGGCGGCUCCAGGGCCCCCCCGGAAGAGUUGUCCAUGUUCCAGCUGCCCACCCUCAACUUCUCGCCGGAGCAGGUGGCCAGCGUCUGCGAGACGCUGGAGGAGACGGGCGACAUCGAGCGGCUGGGCCGCUUCCUCUGGUCGCUGCCCGUGGCCCCCGGGGCGUGCGAGGCCAUCAACAAGCACGAGUCGAUCCUGCGCGCGCGCGCCGUGGUCGCCUUCCACACGGGCAACUUCCGCGACCUCUACCACAUCCUGGAGAACCACAAGUUCACCAAGGAGUCUCACGGCAAGCUGCAGGCCAUGUGGCUCGAGGCGCACUACCAGGAGGCCGAGAAGCUGCGCGGCCGCCCGCUCGGCCCGGUGGACAAGUACCGCGUGCGCAAGAAGUUCCCGCUGCCGCGCACCAUCUGGGACGGCGAGCAGAAGACGCAUUGCUUCAAGGAGCGGACUCGGAGCCUGCUGAGGGAGUGGUACCUGCAGGACCCCUACCCCAACCCCAGCAAGAAACGCGAACUGGCGCAGGCCACCGGCCUCACUCCCACACAAGUAGGCAACUGGUUUAAGAACCGGAGGCAGCGCGACCGCGCCGCGGCGGCCAAGAACAGGCUCCAACACCAGGCCAUCGGACCGAGCGGCAUGCGUUCGCUGGCCGAGCCCGGCUGCCCUACGCACGGCUCGGCAGAGUCGCCGUCUACGGCGGCCAGCCCCACCACCAGCGUGUCCAGCCUGACGGAGCGCGCGGACACCGGCACCUCCAUCCUCUCGGUAACCUCCAGCGACUCGGAAUGUGAUGUAUGA